AUGAUCGACGACAAAUACUUCGAUAUCCUUAGCGAAAGCCUGCAGCCGCAGAGCAUCGCCACACCCGAGAGACUGGAGAAAAGAACCAUGGUGGUCGAUAGGAUGGAAAGGAAUGGAACGCGUCACGAGGCUGUGGUCCCUGUUGAUGCUGCCUACACUCCUCUGCCAAAAGAGUUUGCUGCGCCGUCUGCAAAAAGCUAUCUGUUUGAGCUAGACGACUUCCAGAAGAUUUCUGUGUGCAGCCUUGAAAGAGACGAGAGUGUUCUUGUGAGUGCCCACACAAGCUCUGGAAAGACAGUUGUCGCGGAAUACGCCAUUGCAAUGUCAUUGAAAAACAAGCAGAGGGUUGUGUAUACGUCUCCAAUUAAGGCGCUAUCCAACCAGAAGUAUAGAGAGCUUCUUUCGGAGUUUGGAGAUGUUGGCCUGAUGACAGGAGACGUCACCAUCAAUCCGGCAGCAACAUGUCUUGUCAUGACGACGGAGAUCCUUAGGAACAUGCUCUACAGAGGAGGAGAGGUUGUCCGUGAGAUCCACUGGAUCAUCUUUGACGAGAUCCACUACAUGAGAGACAAGGAAAGAGGAGUUGUGUGGGAGGAGACCAUCAUACUACUCCCAAGGCAUGUCAGGAUGGUGUUUCUCAGUGCAACGAUUCCAAAUGCACUAGAGUUUGCAGAAUGGAUAUGCCACAUUCAAAGCCAGGUUGUUCAUGUUGUGUACACCGAGAAGAGGGUGACGCCCCUUGUCCACUACUUCCGUAGCAAUAGGCUGUACAAGAUCAAAGACACCAAGUUCCACAAGUCGAACUUUCUAUCUGCAAUGAGAUCCAUCCAGAAGAGGGUUGUUGGGCCCCGGGAGGUGAGCGAGGCAAUAGAGGAUGCGUCUCUUCCCGUUGUCGUGUUUUCGUUCAGAAGAAAGGACUGUGAAAAGUUUGCAAUGAAGCUGGACAAGAGCUAUCUAAGGGAUUCGGAAGCAAAGAUGGUAGAGACGAUAUUUACCAAUGCCAUCAUGUCUCUUAGGAAAGAGGACAGGGAGAUUCCGAUCAUCCAGAACAUUCUUCCUCUUCUCAUGAGGGGGAUUGGGAUACACCACUCAGGGCUUCUUCCCAUUAUCAAGGAGGUUGUCGAGAUUCUGUUCCAGGAGGGGCUACUGAAGGUGCUCUUUGCAACCGAGACCUUCUCGAUUGGACUCAACAUGCCGGCGAAGUCCGUAGUGUUUACUGCACUGAAGAAGUUCGACGGAGAAUCCAUGAGGUUGGUAAGUCCUGGAGAGUACAUCCAGAUGAGCGGAAGGGCUGGAAGAAGGGGGAUAGACAGCAUGGGGGUUGUAAUAAGCAUAGUUUCCGAGCCAAUUACCUACAAGGAGGUUGGAAAGCUCUUUUCCUCGUCAUCGGACAAUCUUGUAAGUGCAUUUCGCCUGACAUACAACAUGCUGCUGAACCUCAUGAGGGUUGAAGGCCUUGACCCCCUGUAUCUGAUCAGCAGAAGCUUCCACCACUUCCAGUCAUAUAAGAAGGCCCUCGCAGAGGAGGAGACUCUGCACUUGAUGCACAGGCAGCUGGAGAGCAUUUGCCCCAACAGGAUUGCGUCUCUGUAUGGAAGGAGAGAGCAGAAGAGGGUGGAAAGAAAUAAGAGGCUGUCGGAGGAAUUCAGCAAGUACCUGAAGAAGGGAAGGGUUAUUGAUCUGUUUGUACCCAGGAAUGGGCCAUCCAUUACAAUACGAAAUGCAAUAGUCAGCAAAGUCCAAGAGAAGGUUCUUUGCAUGGUUGGGACUGACGAGGGUGUUUAUAUGUGUGGGUUUCCUUUGCACUACAUCGACUGUGUGUAUGCCAACAGAGUAAAGCUGGAUAUAAGGGUGUUUACUCGAAACUUUGAGAAGAUUACGAUUGAAGACAGCCUAGACAAGGAGAUAAGAGAGAUAGAGGAUGAGAUACUAUCUAUAGACCCGAAAUGGAGCUUUGACUUCUGUAUGAUAUGUGGAAAGACAUCUAUGGGAUGCCUGGCCUCAUGCAGCAAAGAGUUGAUUGGAGAAGACUCUGUUAUGAUCCAGGUUCCAGAGAAUGGGAAGAAGCACAGAGAGAGCCCUAAAUCCCAAGGAUGCUUGGAUACAAACAUGAACGGCGAGAUGGGGGAGGCAAGGUCAUACUUCAUGAAUGAGAUGCUGAAGCAAAAAUACAUGGACAAGCUCUUUGAGCUCAACAGCCUCAAGGAGAUCUACCAUAUGAAGGAGUGCAAGAAAAUGAUCGAAGUUCUGAAGAGGCUGGAGUACUGCAACGAUACUGAUGUGCUCAUCAAGGGAAGAAUGGCAUGCGAGAUUUCGUCUGGAGACGAGCUUGUCCUGACAGAAAUGAUAUUCAAUGGAGACUUUGCGGGAAUUCCGGUAGAGCACUUUGUUCCGCUGCUGUCUUGCAUUGUGUUUGAGGAAUGGGACUCUGACAACUUUGUCUUGAGUGACGAAAACAAGCUGUACUACAAACUGUUGUCUUCUUCUGUAGAGAAGGUCUGUAAUGUCUUGAAGUCAUGUUCUCUUGACGUGGACCCUGCAGCGUAUCUCAAAAGGUUCUCCUAUGAGCUGAUGGAUGUUGUUCGGAUGUGGGUGUGCGGACACACAUUUGUUAACAUCUGCAGCAAGACGAACAUAUUUGAAGGAAGCAUCAUUAGGACGUUCAAAAGACUUGAGGAGCUGCUUAGGCAAUUGAGCAGUGCAGCCAGGGUCAUAGGCAACACCGAGCUCGAGAACAUGUUUGCAUUGGGGAUAUCAAAGAUCAAGAGAGACAUAGUUUUUGCCAAUUCCCUUUAUAUCUAG